AUGAGAUAUUCCAUCCUUGCUAUUGUGGCUUUGGCCUCGUCUGCCCUGGCCCAGACUACCAGCCAGGACCCCGGGCCGUCGCCUACUGCUUCCGUCGGCUGUGAACCCCAUGGUGAUCACUGGCACUGCGAAGGCCCUGCUACCGAUGCCGCAGCCACCGUCACUUCUGUUUCGUCCGAGUCUGAGGCCGAGACGCCUGCUGUGCCCAGCCCUACCGAGUCGGUAGGUUGUGAGCCUCACGGCGAUCACUGGCACUGCGACGGGCCCGCGAGUGCCGAAGCCACGGCCACCUCGACUGCGACUCACUCUCACGAUCACGAGGAAGAAGAGUCAACCGCCACUCCGACGGUUCCCAGCCCCACCGAGUCGGUCGGCUGUGAGCCUCAUGGCGACCACUGGCACUGCGACGGCCCGGCCGAGACGGGCGAAUCGAGCGGAUCUGCAAGCGGAUCUGCCAGCUCGACCAGCGAUGCCGCUACUGCAUCCUCCACCGGUGCCGAUGAGGAAGGAGGUGCUGGAAUGAUCGGUGCUCAGAUGUCCAUGGUGGUUGGCUUGGCCUUGGGUGUGGCCGCCCUGCAGAUCUAA